GGGUGUUCUGGCAGCGCCGGAGCCGGGCAGCAGAGCCAGGCUGGGCUGGCUCUCACCCACGACCCCCCUUCCCUGCUAUGAUGGCCCGUCAGUAGCAGGUUCCAGACCCCCCGGGAGCAUGUAGGCAGAGCUAGCGGCAGCCAGGUGCGCAGAGCCACCAGAGCUCUAGGGCACUCUGGGGGCAGCUCUGCCUGCUGCGCUCUGUGGUGCCUGGGGAAAUGCCCAACUGACGGGCGAGCUGGUGAGGACAAGAACGUACCCUUUGGUCCGAGCCCUCUGCAUCCAUGGCGCUGCCGGCCAGGCUGAUGCCCCUGUGCUGCUUGGCACUUCUGGCGCUGCCCGCCCAGAGUUGCGGGCCGGGCCGGGGGCCGGUUGGCCGGCGCCGCUACGUGCGCAAGCAGCUCGUGCCCCUGCUGUACAAGCAAUUUGUGCCCAGCGUGCCCGAGCGGACCCUGGGCGCCAGUGGGCCUGCCGAGGGGAGAGUGGCAAGGGGCUCGGAGCGCUUCCGGGACCUGGUGCCCAACUACAACCCGGACAUCAUCUUCAAGGAUGAGGAGAACAGUGGUGCAGACCGCCUGAUGACCGAGCGCUGUAAGGAGCGGGUGAACGCUUUGGCCAUUGCCGUGAUGAACAUGUGGCCCGGAGUGCGCCUGCGGGUGACCGAGGGCUGGGACGAGGACGGCCACCAUGCUCAGGACUCACUCCACUACGAAGGUCGUGCUUUGGACAUCACCACGUCCGACCGCGACCGCAAUAAGUAUGGGUUGCUGGCGCGCCUGGCAGUGGAAGCCGGCUUCGACUGGGUCUACUACGAGUCCCGCAACCACGUCCACGUGUCGGUCAAAGCCGAUAACUCACUGGCUGUCAGGGCAGGCGGCUGCUUUCCGGGAAAUGCCACCGUGCGCCUGCGGAGCGGCGAGCGGAAGGGGCUUCGGGAACUGCACCGCGGAGACUGGGUGUUGGCGGCAGACGCGGCAGGCCGGGUGGUGCCCACGCCCGUUCUGCUCUUCCUGGACCGGGACUUGCAGCGCCGGGCCUCUUUCGUGGCUGUGGAGACCGAGCGGCCCCCGCGCAAGCUGUUGCUCACGCCCUGGCACCUGGUGUUCGCUGCUCGAGGGCCAGCGCCCGCACCAGGCGACUUUGCACCGGUGUUCGCGCGCCGGCUGCGCGCGGGGGACUCGGUGCUGGCGCCCGGCGGGGACGCGCUUCGGCCGGCGCGCGUGGCCCGCGUGGCGCGGGAGGAAGCCGUGGGCGUGUUCGCGCCGCUCACAGCACACGGGACGCUACUGGUCAACGACGUCCUGGCCUCGUGCUACGCGGUUCUGGAGAGUCACCAGUGGGCGCACCGCGCCUUCGCUCCUUUGCGCCUGCUACACGCGCUGGGGGCGCUGCUUCCGGGCGGGGCGGUCCAGCCGACCGGCAUGCACUGGUACUCUCGGUUCCUCUAUCGCUUGGCGGAGGAGCUCCUGGGCUGAGUGCGUCGCACAUAGAAACCUCGAGGCGCCUGCUGAAACCCGGGGGUGCGGGCUGAGAUCUGGGGAUGUGGGCAGCAGAGGAUGCUGACUCGAGGUGGAGGGAGGGGAUAGGGAGAAAAAUGGAGGCGAGACUGGACUGCUUGGUUUAGGGGCAACCUCCACCUGAGAGGAGAUCCCUGGUCCUAGGUAGAUGGGGUUGACGGUGGAUACUCCUUGAGGAGAACUAUUUGGCCUCUUCUUCCCGAGUACCUCAGCCCCACCCGGUUAUUUUAUUUUAUUUUCUAUUUAUGAAUUGUAAUAUAAUGAUCUGCUUGCCCCGCCUGGCAAGGCGAGGGGCCAGGGCAUGGCGUUAACACUGUUUGACACAGCCAGCCAAUCUGACGUCUGACAUUUUCCUACAGGCGGGCUAAUAAAGGGAAGGCUUGCAGGAGCUUAUUGGAAAAUGUCUCUAUUCUGAGGGUGAUUCACCUCCAGAGGAGGGGAGAAGGGGACCAACUCUGAGUCAAUACUUUACUUCCGACUCCUCCCUGCUUGCCCAGCAGGUCUUCCUGCCUGCUUCCUCCCCUCAGGGGGGGCAUCCCAAUUGAUCAGCAACGGAGACCAGAAGAGUCGUGCCCUUUUCUAGGCUGCUGGUCCCUUCUCCCACCCAGAAAGGACCAGCAUUCUGCCUGCAUGGUUGUAUGCAGAAUGUUGGAGGGGCCAGGGUUGUUGAAGGAGCAAGAGGGUCCUCGUGUGUCCUUUCUCGUUUAUAGAGGCUCCAGCGAGGUCUCAGGCCAUUGCAUUACUGAUAGUCGGAGAAUUCUGCUCCCUGAUUGUUAGCCUGCCAUCCUGGGCCCUCCAUGAAGGCCAUGAAUCUGCCUAGUUCCCAUCCUACCCUGGUGUCAGGAUCUGAAUGGGGGUGAUGUUUUAUUCUGGGAUGUCACUGGACUAACUGAUGACCCUUGGGAAUCCCUAGCUAAUUUGUAACUGAUAGUACCCACACACUCUUGGUCAAGAGAAAGAACGGGAACAGAGGGCUGGAACCUAUCUCUCCUGAAGGGCUGUGGGCAGAGAACAGCUUCAAGCCCUGGUGUGUGUGUUUAGGGGGAGAUGGGUAGGCUCUCCAAGCAAGGGCAUAUAGGCAUAUAGGCAUUACAGCUGGAGUCCUCUUCUUGACCGCCUGUCCUAGUUGUUGUUUCUCCUGGCUUCCUCCACCCCCACCCCCCACCCCCCUCUUGCCUCUCCCAUUCUCCUGGCUCUGCUUCCCUGGCCUGGGUGUUCCUGGAACCUUCGGGUUCCAAUGCAGCAGACAGGCAGGAACUCAGACAGUCAGGUGCCCCUGAGUUAGAAUGGAAGCUCAGAGGAAGUUGAACUUCAGUGGAAGGGGAAUGCCUGGGCUCAGGGGGAGAUGGAGGGGUUUGGUGGUACCACCAAGGAGCCAGCCCUUGCCUGUAGCAGCUGUGCAGCUUCAGUCCACAGGGUCCCUGCUAUACACCGCCCUCUGGUGGCCUUCAGGAUCAGUUCUCUUCCAGACCAGAGGAAAGAGAACUAUAUACUGCAGGGAUGGGUGGACUGGACCUGCGCAGAGGAGCCUUAUCUCAGGAGGUGAGAGAUGGUGGGUGUGGCUUGGUAAGCUGCCAGGGCUGAGCCACAGGUGUCAAGGUCUGGUGAGGAGCCCACACGCCUCUCCUUGUGAAAACUCAUCCAAGCCUGGCAUUUUUGCAUCCUUUGUGCCUGGUUUAGCUUUGUGGCUCCCAGAAGCUGGAGGUAUAGUCGUAGCCAGAUUCUGUGCACCUCCAAGUUGCACCUUGUGACCCUUGAGUUCAGUGUCUGGAGAUGAACGCAUACUUAGGGUUCCAGGAAGUGCUUAAUAAAGGCGAAGAUUGGAAGCGGAAUAAGUUUAUCUUUAGGGUCCUUCCACCCACCAUCUCCUUCAAUCCGUACCAGGUACCUGUUGCCACCUCCCUCCCCCUUUCCUGAUCUCAUAAUCCAAGCUGUGGAUCUUUCCCAGAGCAUGGCCUGGAAGUCAGGCAGACCUGCAGAUACUGAUGCCACCCCAAGAGGAUUGUUGACGAGAUCAGUGUCUGUCUGUGCCCAAUGUGGGAUAGGCACUCGGUCAAAUGUUGUCUACGCUCUGCUCCCAUUUCUCACUGCCUUUGCGGAUUUCUGCUCUUUGUCUGCUUCUCUCCUCACCGCUCUGCUAGAAGCAAGAUUUAUCCAUGGUUCCCAAAUAUUUUGGGGGUUGUGUUGCCCCUAUACUUGUUUGAUUUCAUAACACUCCUUCAGAAGGUGCUGUGUGAAAGAGUGGGGCUUGCUUUAGAACUAAAGUCUAAUUAAAAGUGAUCUUGUUUUGAGAAUUUACAGAGUAUUUUGUGAUAAUCUUGGCAAGACCUCUCUGCAUACUGGGAAACCAGAGUUGAGAACCACUGCCUCAAGGUUCAGUUGACCUUUUUAACCCCCCCGAAUCCAGACUUUUUCCCCCCUUCCUCUCUUCAGGCCGAAUUUACUGAACAUCUAGAGUGUAGCACUGCAUUAGGCAUGAAAACUCAAAAUAUUAAGAAACUGCUUUCUCCAUGGAGGAGUAGGCUUAAAGGUAUAAGAUGGGUAACUACCAAAGCAACGUUGUUACCUAAUCAGGAUGAGUUGAAUGGGUGGAAAAUGCCACAUCAGUACAGAGAAAGCCUGUGGAGAAAGUAGGGCCUGGCUAGAAUGUUGAAGCAUGUAGGUGGAGGAGACCAGAGAGGGCAUUCCAAGCAGAAGUAACAACAUGAGCAGGCACUUGGAUUCUGGAAUGAAGAUGUGCAGCCUGGCUAGAAUGGGAGAUCAGGGAGUGUAACUGUAUGUAGCUAUUGUUUCUUGAGAACUGACUACAUGUCAGGCCCUGUGCUAGCUCUUUACAUGCAUUCUCACCUUUUCUCCUUACAUAACCCUGUGGGAUUCUAUUACAGAUGAGGACACCGAGGCAAAGACAGGUUUAAGUCUGUGGCUCAAGUUAUUACAGCUAGUAAGUGGUAGACCUGGAGCAGGGAUAAUAAGAAAUAAAACUGCUUUGAUGGACAGGGCCACAUCCUAGAGGGCCUUAAGUAGUUUCUGACU